UAGUUACUGACAAUCGUUACGUCUGGACUUUCAAUGAUGUAUGGAAACAGCGGGCUGUUAGUUCGUUUUAGGGUUUAUUUUAACAGACGUGGAAAGCUAAAAGUGAGAAACUACUAAGCAAAGAACAGUGAAAAGUGCACCUCCGUUCUGGGCAGCUUUGGUGACCGCAGGUUCGUUGACAUAUCCCGAGCAGAGACAGCUAGGUGUAGCGGAGUUUCAAUUUAGCUUGGUAGCUAACUAGCUAACCUAAUUGCGUCGCGCAUAUUGACAGGCUCCGUGGACUGAGAACACACGAUUCUGGGAGUCAGCAACACGUCGGUUUUCUUUGUAAUUUUAUUUUAUUUUUAUCUGUUGCCAGUUGAACCAGAAUCAACGUACUGAGGCGUAUCCGGACACCGUCAGAGACYGAACAGCCCUAUCCCGGAGGAUCCACCGUCAAACACUUGAAAUGCUUUCUGCUUGUAACUUGUAGCUAACGAAUGGCUGUAAAUAUAAUUACAAUGGAUCGAAUGGACAGCUAGUCUGCUCUGCGCCAGCCCACCAUGUAAGCUAAUCCUCCUUGUCGCGAAAAUUAGUUGACUUGUGACUCAUCGGCGUAGGUCGGACGGCACAGGAGGAGCAGCCCCUCCGAAACACGACAAGAAAAGAGACGGGUUACAUCAGAGUCCUACAGCUAAACAAGUCGGUACUGUUAAGUGGAGCCGUGUUACCGCUUUGACGCGACCAUAUGCCUGCGCCUACGCCCGUCUCCACAUCCUAAAGAGACGGACAGAGUGGAGAGAAGGGGAGGGAGGCAAAGGCAGCUCCGGGUUCCCCCGACACUCAGCCAAGAAGAGGCAGCGCUGAAAUGAGAUGAGGCUCAGAAAUGGAACUGUGGCCACCGCACUCAUUUUCUUCACGUCUUUCCUCAGCCUCUCCUGGUACACGGCAUGGCAAAAUGGCAAAGAGAAGCUGAUUGCUUACCAGCGGGAGUUCCAUGCUUUGAAAGAACGCCUUCGCGUGGCAGAACACAGGACGCUGCAGCGCUCGUCUGAGCUCAACAACAUACUCGAGCAGUUCCGGCGGGCCAUUGCUGAAACUAACAACAGCAAAGAUGCACUUACAAACUUCUCAGAUGAAACACAGAAACUACUGAAGGAGCUCACGAACAGGAAACCCCUCCAGGUGCCAAACAUCUACCACCACCUGCCUCACCUGCUAAACAAUGAGGGCAGCCUGCACCCUGCAGUGCAGGUUGGUCUUGGACGUACAGGAGUUACCAUGGUGAUGGGGAUCCCCACAGUGAAGCGGAAAGUGAAGUCCUAUCUGUCAGAGACGCUGCGUUCGCUAAUAGACAAGCUCUCACCAGAGGAGAAACUCGACUGUGUCAUCAUAGUGUUUGUUGGGGAGACUGACGUGGACUAUGUUCACAGUGUGGUUGCUGACCUCGAGAAAGAGUUUUCCACUGAGUURAACUCUGGAUUGUUGGAAGUCAUUUCUCCACCAGCUGCCUAUUAYCCCGAUCUAACCAACCUCAAAGAGACGUUUGGAGACUCAAAAGAAAGAGUCAGAUGGCGAACAAAGCAGAAUUUGGAUUAUUCCUUUCUCAUGAUGUACGCCGUGAGCAAAGGGGUUUAUUACGUUCAGCUGGAGGACGACAUCGUGGCCAAACCCAACUACUUUGCCACCAUGAAGAACUUUGCCCUGCAGCUCUCAUCAGAAGACUGGAUGAUCCUGGAGUUCUCACAGCUUGGCUUCAUCGGAAAAAUGUUUCAGGCUCCUGACCUAAAUCUGAUUGUUGAGUUUAUUUUUAUGUUCUACAAAGAGAAGCCUAUUGACUGGCUGCUGGAUCACAUUCUUUGGGUCAAAGUCUGCAACCCUGAGAAAGAUGCGAAACACUGUGAGCGUCAGAAAUCCAGCCUGCGCGUGCGUUUCAGACCCUCACUGUUUCAGCAUGUUGGACUCCAUUCUUCUCUUGCUGGAAAGAUUCAGAAACUCACAGACAAAGACUUCCUGAAGCCGCUGCUUCAUAAGAUCCAUGUUAACCCUCCUGCAGAGGUCUCCACUUCAAUGAAGGUGUAUCAGGGUCACACGUUAGAGAAGACGUACCUCGGUGAAGAUUUCUUCUGGGCCAUCACACCUACUGCUGGAGACUACAUCCUCUUUAAAUUUGACAGACCUGUUAGUAUAGAGAGGUUCUUGUUCCGCAGCGGAAACCAGGAGCACCCAGGAGACAGGAUCGAGAACACCACCGUGGAAAUACUGGCUGCCUCGGAAAGCGCACUGCAGAACAAAGACAAGUACAAGCGAACUGAAGAUCGCUUUUACAGGAUUGGUCAUUUUGAAAAAGGUGUUGCAGAAGGAACCGUAGAUCCAUCCUUUAACCCCGUCUUGGCACUCCGUCUUUCAGUUCUCAAAGACUCUGCUGUCUGGGCCAUCCUCAGUGAAAUACAUAUAAAGAGAAUAUCUGGCUGACUUCUCUGGACGAGCUACAUGAGUCGUGGCCCCUGGAGGGCCAGAAUCUCCCAGACUGCUUAAGCAGGGUCUCUGGCACCUAGCAACCAGCAGUGAAGCUAUUAGAGCUUCGAGUUGCUCGUCCUAGCUUGUCUAAGAAUCGCCACCUCUCUGUCCAAUGUUUUCUUUUCAGUCCUGAUGUAUUUUGUUUUAUAUGUCAUUAUCCCCCCCCUUUUCUUUUUCCAUCACUUCCUCCUCGUUGUGCAUUUCAUCAGUUUGUGAGAAUGUUAAUACUACUGUCUGCUAACAGCAGCAAAGGAUGUAAGGACAUCUGCUUGAAACUCUGCUGUUCAGCAGCUUUGAAAGCAAUCAGAAAGAUUCCUGGAUGAAAAAAAAACAAAAACAAAAGGUUGGAGAGAACCAGUCACCUGGCCAGUGGUGUAGAUGCUGCCAAAUCCCUUUCCUUUUUACUCAAUGCUGCCACACUUGGGCGAGCUGGGGCAUUGCACUGUCUCUGGGGCCUCAGCAAACCCGGUGAUGAUCGAAAAUGUUGUCGUCACUAAUGGCCAGUUGCUCUCUGUUCUCAGCAGAAAAGGUGGCGAUCUAAACAUGUUUCUGUAGAUCAACAACAAACCCAAACAAAAGACGUUUGUCCUCAUUUUCAAAUACUAUACUUGUCUUGAAACAUUGAUCAAAAAUCCAUCCUGCUGACAUUUGACCUUAAAGCAGCUGAGUGGUAAACUACCACAGAGAAAAUCUGUACCAUGACAUCCUUUUGUUUCCUCUUGUCUGACAGGCUGUGUAUGACCUCAGUGUCUAUUUAUAGCCAAUCAAUCGGGGAUCGCCUUGGCAAGCUUUUCUUGAAGAAAUAUAUUGUUAUAACGGAAUAUUAUUACAACCAUGACUGACGAUCUAUGAAAGAUGACUUAAUUUAUUUGAAAUAAAUCUUUAAUUUGUACAAGAGGUAAAUAUAUUUUUAUUCUAAGAGAUGUUUAUGGUAGUUCAGUUUGUGUUUUUAUGUACUUUUUUGAUUCUCAAUUGCUACUUAUAAAUGUGUUGGUGGCAACAACUGCUUGGAAGGUUUUUCACUAAAACAUCACUUUUUGUUGCCUGAUAUUUAAACUAGAGGAAAAGUUAACAGAUGAUGUUGAAGUAGUUGUAAAUGUGAGUUAAAUGGGGAAAAAAUGUGCCUUAUAUUCAGUUCUCUGGAAAGUCGCCCCCACAGUAUCAUUUAAAUUUGUUCCAACUCAGUUUUCCCCACACAUUGCUGGAAAUACUAAUAUUUGAGAAACCGUUCAGAGUAGGAUUGGAUGCCAAGAAAAACAUUUGUAAUGCUGAAUGAAAAUAGUGAACAAGUUGAUUUAACUGGUUCACUAUCUAACAACAAUGUUUGCACUGUUUUUUUUUUAAGAUCACAUCAGUUGUCUUUUGUACCUCACUUUCCACCUUCAGAAAAAGUCAUAUGAAUCCUCUGCAGUUCAUUUGUCCAUUUUAGUUUCUUUGAAUGUACAGAACUUUAUGACUACUGAUCAUUAGAGUGCACCACUGAAUGUACAUAUAUAUACAAUAUGUGUAUACUACAACAAUUAUCUUUUUGUAUCUUUUCCCCCCACUUGACACGUUUUGAUGUAUGUGGCCAUUAAUCUGAGUGAAGAAUAUUUGUUAGUGAAUCUUUCUGUAACAGUUUACAUGUUUUUUUAAAGGGUUAGUGAAGUGCCUUUUGGUAGAAAUGGUCUGAAAUUGCUCAAUUCUUGYUUAUGAUGCUUUUUAGCAUGUACGUAAUUUAUUUAACACUUCACUGUUCUGGUCAAAUUAUGUUCCUUUGCUGUUGAUCAACCAGCUGCUCUAAAUCUGUACCAUAGAUUGUAAAAGUUUUACAGUCUGAGCUGUAAUCAUUUCAGUCUGUGAUCCUUCAUUUAUUUUUAAUUUGAAGAAGAAAGGUGUAAAUGACAAUAUAAGUUACUUUGAAAUAGUUCCUUACUCGUUUCCUGCAUCGAGAUAGAAAUGGUAAAAGAAUGAGUGUAAGGACAAGAAACGGGUUAAGACAUCUACUCAAUAGUUCCCAUUACCCAUCAGUUCACGUGCCUUCAUCGUGUUCAUGUGUUUGCCUGAUUCUGGUGGGGUUUUGCAUUGUUUUUUCAUGAUCAUAUUUGAAAUAAAUGAGUAAAAGUGGUAGAAUUAACUCUCA